CUAGGACGGUUGUUUACAUACAAGAGGAAUAACAUUGGUCCCAAAACUGUACCCUGAGGCACUCCUGUAAGCACAGUUUCCCAGCUGGACAACUUGGGGUUCACCCGUACUAUUUGUUGGCGUCCAACCAGGAAGUCUUUUAUCCACAUUAAUAGAUUGCCUUCAACCCUUGAUAGUUCUUAACUUAUAUAAAAGUUGGUUGUGAGGAACUUUACUAAAAGCUUUGCUGAAUUCAGUGUAGGCUACGUCUAUAGGUAACUUUUGGUCUUCAAGAGCACACCGGCUUUCACGAGUCACUAAUAAGCUAGCGAGACAGGAAUAACCUAUUCUAAAGCCAUACUGCCUUUCCGAAAAGAGCCGGUUUUCAUCGAGAUACGUAAACAGCUUCCGAAUAAUUGUUUCCUAAAUUUUCAUAACUACGUUGGCUGGAAUUACGGGUCGAUAGUUUUCAGGUUUGCAUUUCAUACCUGUUUUGAAGUUAGGACUUACUGUGACGUUCCUACAGUAGUUUGAGAAUACUUGAGCUUUACCAUAGUCGUACUCCACUAAUGAUAAAGCUUUACUGUCUCCACAUAGCGUUGGAGCAUUUCCCCUUUUUUAGUCCUCCGUACUUAAUGUCUAGAUAUGUUUUAUUUUUGUCUCUCGGUAUGCUCGUAAUAUCUUAGAAUGAAUCGAUGUGACAAAAUGUGGAUUGAUCAUUUCCGUUUCCAAUCCAGUGAAACAUUUUCCAAGAGCACUUAUACAGAAAUACUGCUAUGUAACAAUCUGAACCAUCUGCUAUAAUCGCCCCUACCUCGUUUUUUUAGAGUUGUCUACCAACACUGACAUGUUUAUGGCCUGGAGUAGUCCGGUACUGUCAGCCCAUUACAAACAACAUUUUCUUGUAGGUUUUUUGAAAUCUCGUUUGGAUUUUAAUCCGACGAGCCACGUCAUACUGUAUUGAGUGCUGAGUGUGUUCUUCCCUUUUAAUCCAAUGAACAACUGGUUGCUGUUGAAGUUCUUUUCAUCAAAGCAUUUACUGCGAUUGAGUUCGAAAAUUUAUUAGUGAUAUCAACUCUGUUAACAUACUCCAUACUGUGAUAAUGAAUCUUCCAUUAGCCCUUCGUAUUUCUUCGGACUUAUUGACGAUUAUUUUACUUCAUGGUGUUUAUUUUCUGAUCAAGUACUGUGGAAGUCAUAAAUGGAGUUUCUUCUGUGAUGAUUGGAGUAUCAAAUAUCCAUAUAAAGACAAUACUAUAACUGAUGUAGUAGUAACUGUAGUUAGUUAUCUCACGCCACUUGUUACAAUUUUCUUAGUUGAGAUAAUCACUGCUGUACUGAAGAAAUGUACUGAAAAUAAAAAUUAUUCAAUUAAGGGUUCUUUACCAUUUAUCUAUGAUUUCUGUGUUGCCGCCCUUAUAUCUCUUGGAACAACGUUUUUUCUAACUACAAUUACAAAAUACAAUCUUGGCCGGUUGAGGCCACAUUUUUGGGAUAUUUGCCAACCAAAUGUCCCUGUAAAUUGUACUGGUUUGCAGACAACGUAUACAUGUCAGGGUACUAAUUCAAAGUUGAUUGCUGAUGUAUUUUUGUCAUUCAUGUCAGGCCAUGCAUCAACAGCUUCUGCUAGUUUAUUCUUCACUGUGAUUUAUUUACAGGCUCGACUGCAUCUACCUGUAAUACCUUUCCUACGACCAUUUCUGCAAUACGUUCUGCUUUCUGUUUUGUUUUAUAUAUGCGCCACACGUGUAACUGAUCAUUAUCAUCAUCCAACAGAUGUAUUAGCUGGAGCUAUAUUAGGUCUUUUGACUUCUGUCUUCGCCUUUUUUUGGUAUUUGGGUAACGUGUUCAGUCAAAACGAAAGUGUUAAAACAUCUCCCUAAUAAGCUGAUGCUGCAGUUCAGGAUACCGCUUCCGGUCAUUGGCUACAAAAAAAAUUGGAAGUGGAGUUACUUCUUUUCCUUUAACAAAGAUUUUGAUGACCGUAACUUCGUGAUGCAUAUCCCUUUAUAAGUAAUAAAAUUCCUGCUUACUUGUUCUAUAAAUUCCUUUUUUUAUUCCAUACCUAGACUAAUUUACUACUUUGAUCAGUUUCAAUUUUUUAACGCUAAAUAAAUGGUGUAUGUUCGUUUUUAUUGUUGAGGUUGUUUGCGUGAGCGUUUAAAACAAUUAUGCAAGUGGUUAUAGAAUUGAUUCCUUUCGGAUUGUUUUAUCCAUAGGGUUUUCUGUUCCCUGAAUAAUAAAAAUUCAGUAUACCCUUCGUCCAUACAUACGUUUUUUUUGUUUCGUCUUUAACCGAUGUGUACUGAUUUCAAACAAGCUCCCCGUUUUUAUUGUAUCACCUAAUCGAUUCAGUUUAUCACUUCAUGAUGCAGUGAAAAUCACUAACCAUGCAAAACAGUCAUUGUGCAUCGGGGGUUACAGGGUGUUAAAGAAUCUAAACCAAAUAAUAAUACUUAAAGUUAUGGCUCUUUUCCGGUAGUUAUUUUAGGAAUCGUGAUACGCAUUUUCAUAAAAUAAAUGUUACCGCCAAACUCAUAAAUGAUAUGAUCCAAAUUGGUGCAGAUAUGUAAC